GGCGCUUGGGGGCUGCGGGGCUGGAGCUUCCGUCUGCAGCCCGGGGGCCUUGCCUUCACCUGCGGGCCGCGAGGCCACGGGUGCGCGCGGGCUCUUCCGGGUCCCGCCCCGCGCCCCCGGGAACAGGUGCCGGGACUGCUUGCGGCCCUUAGCCUCACGCGCGGAGGUGGGAUCAAGGCGCGCAGGGCGGCCACAUGGACAGCGGCGGAGGGACUCUCCCCGCUGGGACGCUUGGGGUGGCGACCGAGUCGCCACGGUGCCCGCUGGCGCCGGGAGCCUAGGCCACGGCGGAGCCCGACGGGGCGGCCGAGGGCGCCGGGAGCGGCAGCGGGGGCGAGGACGGGGACGCGCCGCGGCGGGCUCUGCGGACCGUAUACGUGCGCAGCGAGAGCCCCCAGGGCGGCGCGGCUGGCGGCCACGAGGCGGGGGCGCGGCUGUGCUUGCUGCGGGCCUGCGAGGCCGAGGGCGCCCACUUCACCUCCGUACCCUUCGGGGAGCUUGACUUCGGGGAGACAGCUGUGCUCGACGCCUUCUACGACGCCGAUGUCGCCGUGGUGGACAUGAGUGAUGUCUCCAGACAGCCUUCACUCUUUUACCAUCUCGGGGUCCGAGAAAGCUUUGACAUGGCCAAUAAUGUGAUCCUUUACCACGACACCGAUGCUGACACUGCUCUUUCAUUGAAGGAUAUGGUAACUCAGAAAAACACAGCAUCCAGUGGAAAUUAUUAUUUCAUCCCGUACAUUGUGACACCAUGUGCUGAUUAUUUCUGCUGCGAGAGUGAUGCCCAGAGGCGUGCCUCGGAAUACAUGCAGCCCAACUGGGACACCAUCCUGGGCCCGCUGUGCGUGCCCCUGGUGGACAGGUUUAUCAGCCUCCUCAAGGACAUCCACGUGACCUCAUGUGUUUAUUACAAAGAAGCCUUGUUAAAUGACAUCCGGAGAGCCCGAGAGAAAUACCAGGGUGAUGAACUGGCGAAGGAGCUGGCUCGGAUCAAGCUCCGCAUGGACAACACCGAGGUUCUGACCCCAGACAUCAUCAUUAAUUUACUGCUAUCCUACCGCGACAUCCAGGACUAUGAUGCUAUGGUGAAGCUAGUAGAAACACUAAAAAUGCUGCCUACGUGUGACUUGGCCGAUCAGCAUAAUAUUAAAUUCCAUUAUGCAUUUGCACUGAACAGGAGAAACAGUGUGGGUGACCGUGAGAAGGCUCUGCAGGUCAUGCUCCAGGUUCUGCAGAAUUGUGACCACCCGGCCCCCGACAUGUUCUGCCUGUGUGGGAGGAUCUACAAGGACAUCUUCUUGGAUUCAGACUGCAAAGAUGGCACCAGCCGAGACCGCGCCAUUGAGUGGUAUCGCAGAGGAUUUGCGCUCCAGUCAUCUCUCUAUUCAGGAAUUAACCUGGCAAUUUUGCUGAUAGUUGCGGGACAGCAAUUUGAAACUUCCAUGGAACUAAGGAAAAUAGGUGUCCGGCUAAACAGUUUAUUGGGAAGAAAAGGGAGCUUGGAGAAAAUGAACAAUUACUGGGAUGUGGGUCAGUUCUUCAACGUCAGCAUGUUGGCCAAUGAUGUCGGGAAGGCUGUCCAGGCGGCAGAGAGGUUGUUCAAACUGAAACCUCCAGUCUGGUACCUCCGAUCAUUAGUUCAGAACUUGUUAUUAAUUCAGCGCUUCAGGAAACCCAUUAUUGAACAUUCACCCAGGCAAGAACGGCUUAACUUCUGGCUAGAUGUAAUAUUUGAGGCAACAAAUGAAGUUGCUAAUGGACUCAGAUUUCCAGUGCUGGUGAUAGAACCAACCAAAGUCUACCAGCCUUCAUAUGUUUCUAUAAACAGUGACGCUGAGGAGAAGACGGUUUUCCUGUGGCAUGUCUCACCCACAGAAAUGAAACAAAUUCAUGAAUGGAACUUUACAGCUUCUUCCAUUAGGGGAAUAAGCAUAUCAAAGUUUGACGAACGGUGUUGUUUUCUUUAUGUCCAUGAUAAUUCUGAUGACUUUCAAAUCUACUUCUCCACUGAAGACCAGUGUAGUAGGUUUUGCGCUUUGGUCAAAGAGAUGAUAAGCAACACAAUGGGUAGUACAGUGGAGGGGGAAACUGAUGGGGACACCUUAGAGUAUGAGUAUGACCGCAAUGCCAACGGCGAUAGGGUCGUGCUGGGGAAAGGCACGUACGGGAUCGUGUAUGCCGGAAGAGACCUGAGCAACCAAGUGCGAAUAGCCAUCAAGGAAAUCCCAGAGAGAGACAGCAGGUACUCGCAGCCCCUGCAUGAGGAGAUAGCUCUGCAUAAGCACCUCAAGCACCGCAAUAUCGUUCAGUACCUGGGCUCUGUCUCAGAGGAUGGCUACAUUAAGAUAUUUAUGGAGCAGGUGCCUGGGGGAAGCCUUUCUGCUCUUUUGCGAUCAAAAUGGGGGCCAAUGAAGGAGCCCACCAUCAAGUUUUACACCAAGCAGAUCCUGGAAGGCCUUAAGUAUCUCCACGAAAACCAGAUUGUGCACAGAGACAUCAAGGGUGACAACGUUCUGGUGAAUACCUACAGUGGAGUGGUGAAAAUCUCUGAUUUUGGAACCUCCAAGCGUCUUGCAGGAGUGAAUCCGUGCACCGAGACUUUUGCUGGCACUCUGCAGUACAUGGCACCUGAGAUCAUCGAUCAAGGACCUCGCGGGUACGGCGCCCCGGCGGAUAUCUGGUCCCUGGGCUGCACCAUCAUUGAGAUGGCCACCAGCAGGCCUCCGUUCGAUGAGCUCGGUGAGCCGCAGGCAGCAAUGUUCAAAGUGGGGAUGUUUAAGAUCCACCCUGAGAUUCCAGGAGCCCUUUCAGCUGACGCCAGAGCAUUCAUUUUAUCCUGUUUUGAGCCUGACCCCCACAAACGUGCCACUGCUGCCGAGCUGCUCAAAGAGGGUUUCUUAAGGCAGGUGAACAAGGGCAAGAAGAGCCGAAUUGCUUUCAAGCCAGCAGAGGGUACCCGGGGCGCCACCCUGGCCCUGCCCACGUCUGGGGAGCCCAUGGGCAGCAGCAGCAGUGACCACAGCUCUGUCUCCCCGGACUCUGAUGCCCAGAUGGACGCGUUCUUCGAGAAGGCCCGGGCACCCAAGCACCAGCUCAGCCCCCUGCAUAGCAGUGUUCCAGAUGAGAGCGCAGCCUCCUCCCCGGAGGACAGGGACCCGGGCCUCUUCCUGCUGCGCAAAGACAGUGAGUGCCGCGCCAUGCUGUACAAAAUCCUCUGGGAGGAGCAGAACCAGGUGGCUUCCAACCUGCAGGAGUGCGUGGUCCAGAGUUCAGAAGACUUGCAUCUCUCAGCCGGCCACAUCAAGCAAAUAAUUGGGAUCCUGAGGGACUUCAUCCGCUCCCCGGAGCACAGAGUGAUGGCAUCCACGAUAUCAAAGCUAAAGAUGGCCCUGGAUUUUGACAGCUCGUCCAUCAAUCAGAUUCAUCUGGUACUGUUCGGAUUUCAGGAUGCUGUGAAUAAAGUUUUGAGGAACCAUUUAAUUAGGCCCCACUGGAUGUUUGCGAUGGACACCAUCAUCCGGCGAGCGGUGCAGGCUGCGGUCAGCAUUCUCAUCCCGGAGCUCCGAGCCCACUUCGAGCCCACGUCAGAGACCGAAGGGGAGGAGAAGGACCCAGAUGAGGUGGAGGACGACUCUCCCCCCGCAGACCUGCCCGGGAGUGAAGGGCACGCAGCAUACCGAGGGAGCAGCCCCCCAUCAGCGGGCGCCCCAGAGCCACAGCCCCAGCAGCUCCACCACCGGCACCUGAGCCUCCAGCUGGGCCAGCUCAGGCAAGAAACCAACAGACUUUUGGAACACCUAGUUCAGAAAGAGAGAGAGUACCAGAAUCUUCUACGGCAAACCCUAGAGCAGAAAACUCAAGAAUUAUAUCAUCUUCAGUUACAGUUCAAAUCUAAUGAUACUCCAGAGAACCCAGCAUCCCCACCCGGGUCUCAUGGGCAGAAAACAGAUAAAGAGCUUGUAGACUGGUUACAAGAGAAAGGAGCAGAUGCGAGUACAAUAGAAAAGAUUGUUGAAGAGGGUUAUACACUUUCUGAUAUUCUAAAUGAUAUCACUAAGGAAGAUCUAAGACACCUUAGACUACGUGGCGGUCUCCUCUGCAGGCUCUGGACAGCAGUCUCCCAGUACAGAAGAAAGGCUCAGGGGUCCCUGGCCUCCCAAGAUGAGGCUGAAACUGUCGGCUAAGCCAGGGAAUAGAGGGAGCCAAGAGCUGUCAUCUUUGUUUAAACUUCUGUUAACGUGACAUGAAUUUCACCGAGUUUACACAAGGAAACCACCACUAUUUAAGACCUUGAAGUUUUAAAGACUUACAGAAACGGGAUGGGUUUUUUAAACGUGUUGUUACUUAUCAACAUGUUUUAAAGGUGAGUGGAACCUUAGCAUUGUGAGAACAGUGACUGAACCUUAAUUUUGACAUCCCAGAAUAGUAUGGUGUUCUUAAAAACGGAUGAAAAUUCCGUACACCCUAUAGCACUUACUGGAAAGCAGGCUGGCAUCACUGUUCUAGACCACGGGGUACUUACAAGAUUAAAAUGUUAAGAAUAUGCCUUCUGUCUGAUACUGAAUGUACAUAGAAAACUAUGUUUUGUAUUUAAUAUAUAAAUGAAGAGGUCUUAUUUAAAAAUGGAAUUGUCCUUCUAUACCCUGCCUGGAUGUAAUAAAUAUUGCGUUUUAUUGA